GUUUAACAUGAAUGGUGCGUAUUAUGUGAAUGAAAUGAGUAUUGACACACAAAUGAUAUCUGGCAUGCGCAUUAUACGAAAAUAAAACAAACUGGUAUGCGCGCACUAUAUACAAGAAAUUGACAUUAUAUAUUCAAUGAAUAAAUUAAAGUCACGUGUAAUUCAACGCCCAAUUCGAAAGUUACGUUUUAUGUACGAAAAUUGCAAAAGAUCAAGCAGAUGUUCUAAAAACUAUUUUUGGAAGGAAACUGUUGAUAGAGUUGCUUGAUAAUGAUAAUUGUCAAGCAGAAACCAGCGAUGAAGCGUUUUCUAGAUUUUCAUGGAUUACAAAUGAUCUGUACCACCAGCGAAUUACUUAAAGAAACUCAGAAUUGCUUGUCACAGGGUGAUGGAAUUGAAACCGUAUUAAAAUUGAUUGAUGAUCAUUGCAAAACAACAACCAAAAUAGUUAUUUUUCCAAUCUUUACACAAUUGCUGGAUCCAUUUGCGAAAAACAUUGAAGAUUCUUUGUUGAGACAAAUUCCGACUAUUAUACCAGAUAAAGACAAGUCAAACAUGGCAACGAAAGCUGUGAGAGUUCUUUUGGAUCCAUCAUCUGGUAAUGAUUUGUGCAUUCGAUUUAAUAAAAUGAUGAUAUUGAAGAAAAUGGCGGGAAAGAAAAAGACAACAUAUGUGAAGGCAACCAAUUCCGAUGAGGAAUAG